CUGACCACUUCUGUUAUCUUUUCUGUUCAAAUUCCUUGCCAUUCCCCCCCGUGGCAGCAGCUCGUUUACCCUCCUCUAACCAUGCCGAACAAAAAGUCAACAUCUUCCAAAAAGGGCAUAGCAGCAAAUAACGAUGCUCCAGGUACCUGUCAGUCUACCUCCGGACGCAAAGAAACCAGAGAGCCCCGUAUAAGGACCCGAAGCAGCAGCCCAGUUCGAAGAAAGAAGACGGAGUCAACUACAACGUUGACAGGCGUUGACCCGGUAUCAGGGAUCGCGGAAAAACCUCAGGACCUAGAAGAAGAAGCAAAGACCCUGCCGGAAAAAGGACCAAACCCGCAGGUCACUGUUGAGGAUGUCAAUAACGAACACGUGGAAAAGAGCUUCAAUUGGCACCAUGUACGCAAACCUCGAGCCAUUGACUACGAGCAUGCGUAUCCGAAAGAGUGGCCAGCAGAGAUUCAGCGACCCUUUGGAAUGGCUCUUGACUGGGCACGUAAGCAUGCCGAACGCAAUCAUGCCAAUCUUUCUGUGGAGCAGAAAAGAGACCUCAUCUCUAGCCUUGAUGGCUACUGCAUUCAGAAUGACUUCGAUACUAUUGUAUCUAGUCUUCCCCGAGAAUCGCAAAAUGAUUGUCUAACACGCUUAGUUCAUCUUUUGCUUGUCAAAGAAUGCAUUUCCAGGUUCUUCACGAAUCCCUUCUGGUACCUUGUUCCGAACCCUAGGCCUGUGAAUGAUGGGGAUGAUAAAGAGAAGUUGGCAGCAAACGCACCCGAAUUUGGAGCACAGAUAUUGGAGCUUUUUGAAAGAAUGCGUGAAUCUGACCCAGCGGCUGCCCAGCUUUGGCGCUUAUGGACUACUCGCUUCUCCCACCCAGGUCAUAAGCUCGGAUAUGACAUGAUCGCUCAUCGAGACUCCGUGGCUGACAAAAUAUGCGCGGAAAUCUUGGGCCAAGAGCUAGUGAAAUCGCUCCUCAGAAGUACGGAUAAAUGUGAUCUGGAUAGAGCCUUCCUUGACAUGCAGAAGGUCUUCAGGUCAGCUGCUGAAGUUUCGGUGAAAACUUCAUGCCACCUUGAGCGUCUGGAGUUUAAGACUCUCAAUACUUUGGACCAUGCCUUUCAUCACCCUUCGGCGGAGAUAGAAUUGGCCGAGGAUUAUGGAGGGGCUGAGAAGGAACAUUGUUUUGACGACCGCCAAAUUCUCUUCUUGGAGUUUCCCGCCAUGUAUCGUUGCGGAGAUCUUAAGGAUCCCUUUUAUAAGGGUAUCCUUCAUAAAGCGGUUGUCUAUGUUGAGGAUGUAGAUUAG